UCGAAAGAAAACUGCAAAUCUUAUUGAAACGAGUACAGUAUUUUACAUAGUUACAAGAAUCAACAAAGCCUACAUCUAAAAUGUCUAUAAAGAGUACAAGAGAAAAGAAACAAAAAAAUAUUCAUCAAGGGAGAAAUCCAAAGAGGAAAGGAGAAUGGUAAGAAGAGGAAAUGCCAUGGCGGAGGAGAGGUGGAGGAGGCAUCGGAGUACGGUGGUUGAGGUGUUGCCGCCAGGCAAUCUGGACGGCUUCCGCCACCGCUACGACGAACUCCAUUCCUAUCUUCGUGUCCGGGGCUUAUUUAGAGACCCGACUAUCCCUCGAAGGGGUCCUGAAGGCCAAACGGAAACCAUGUUAAAUCCGCUGUGGCCGAGACUCGAACUCGUGAUGGCGGGCACCUCAGCCGAGACCAAGAUGAACAAAAUGGAUAACAGAAGGUUCUGUUUGAUGUUCUUUUUCUAUAAAUGA